CUUUCGCGUGCCUUCUAUCAGAGCAGAAACUGACGGUUGUUUAAACCAAUCAAUCCCAGAAACUUUCCUGGGUCUUGUCCAAUCGGAAAAUAGAAGGGCAGUUGUAGUCUUUUUAUUUGAAAAGGGGCUGUCCAAUGAGGCGGAGUUUGAGAGGGUUAGUCUCGAGUGAUUGAUAACUCCGUCGACCAAUACGGAUUACCAUCUCGCCUCAGAAAAACCUUCAUAACUACAGCUCCAGCCAGUUAUGUACAUAAUAGCGUCAUAAUUCAUGAUUCUAUUUUUUUUAAUAAAAUAAUUUGGUUCUGAAACUGGAGGUCUGAAAACCGAAGACUGGCACUCCUCAGAGUCUCACGAUGGACAACUCGCAGCCGGUGGCGGAACAAAAGUCCCGUAUUCGGGGAGGUGUCACCCCUGAGCAAGCCAGGCCGCUGCUCAUUGGCCCCACUCUCCUCAUGACAGACGUCCUCCGAGCCCAAUGGCCUCCUCACAGGAGGCGGGUCUCAUAUAGGGGGCCUAUUGGCGUCUGCGUCGGCUCAACCAAUAGAGUCAAGGCAGGGGGCGUGGCGGGAGGUUUGAAACUCGGCGUCGGGAGUUGAGGCUCGAGCUUCUGUGCAUCCCAAAGAGGAAUUGGGGCCCGGCGUCCCCUCCUCGCCCCGGGCCGGGCCCCGCCCCACCUUCUUUCUCCUGGUUGAGAUGGGCUCAGCCAAGAGCUCCCCGGUCACUCCGGCGCGGCCUCCGCCGCACAACAAGCUUCUGGCUCGAGUGGCGGACCCCCGUUCACCUAGUGCCGGCAUCUUGCGCACUCCCAUCCAGGUGGAGAGCUCUCCACAGCCAACCCUACCAGCAGGGGAGCAGUUGGAGUGUCCUAAUGAGGCCCAAGACUCAGAUCCCCGCUCUCCUACCCUUGGCAUUGCACGGACACCUAUGAAGACCAGCAGCGGAGAGCCCCCAAGCCCACUGGCGAAACAGCUGAAUGAAGUCUUUGAGAAAGAAGCCUCCAAAUUGAAUCUUCCUCCAGAGCCUGUUCUGCCCCUAGAGGCAACUUCACCUUCCGAAUUGAACUUGCCUCUGGGCACCCAGUUUUCCCUUGAGGACCGGAUGCCACUCUGGAGCCAGACUGAGCUCCCCUCCAAGCAGGUGUCCUCCAAGGAGGAAGCAGGACAGCCCUCACAACCCCCCACGGCCAGCCAGGGCUCAGACAAGCCCUUAAGAGACCCUGAGACUCCCCGAUCUUCAGGUUCUAAGCACAAUAGACGGAAAGGAAAUGGCAAGGUACUAGGGAGAUCUCCCCUCACCAUCCUACAGGAUGACAACUCCCCUGGAACUCUGACACCACGACAGGGUAAGCGGCCUCCUCCCCUGAGUGAAAAUGCUAGGGCACUAAAGGAAGGGGCCAUUCUGGGAACUGGACGACUUCUGGAAACCGGAGGCCGAGUGUGGGAGCAGGGCCAGGACCAGGACAAGGAAAAUCAGCACUUUCCAAACUUGGUGGAGAACUAGGCCGUGCAUGGCCCCAGCACCGGGUUCACCAGGGGCCUGGUGAUGUUGUGUCCUCACAGCCCCUUCUUUCCCUGGGAGACUGGAAAGGCUCGUUGUCUUCCACUCCCCCUAAACUACCAACUCGGGGGACCGAGCACUUUCUUAGGCUUUAUUUGUGUCCUGUGUGUUUCUUGUAUAUUAAAGAAAGUGAUUUUAAAUUA